UCAAAACAAGAAUUAACCAAUAAACUCCUUUUGUAACUAUCAAUAUUAUAUUUCCAUUUUCUUCCCUAAUAUUUAGUUUCUACCUUCCUCCCCUCUCCAUCCUUUCUGUUAGGGUUUCUAUUCUCUCCUCUCUUUCUGAUUAUGGAUUGUCCAUAACACAUAAUACAAAGAAAGAAAAAGGAAAGGUAAAAAGAAACAAAAAUUAAAAAAAAAAAAAAACAAAAAAAACAAGAACCCUAACCUCAUAAUUUCCAUGGGAGGCUGCAUUUCUGCACCUCUAAAAGCCGGCCGGAUUAUAUCAAGAAGGUUGCAUUAUGACAACCGACCAAAACCCCUGCCGGAAUACAGCAUGCCACGGCGGUCAGCGGUGUUCCAUGUAGGGAAUGUGCUAAAAGACCCAGCAGGAAAUAACGUAAGAGAAAAAUAUAGGUUUGGGAAGGAAUUAGGGAGGGGAGAAUUUGGAAUAACCUACCAAUGUUUUGAAGUUGAAACAGAAAAAACAUAUGCAUGCAAGACAAUAUCAAAAGCAAAAUUGAAGACAGAAAUAGAUGUAGAAGAUGUGAGAAGAGAAGUUGAGAUUAUGAGGCAUUUGCCUAAACAUCCUAAUAUUGUUAGCUUUAAAGAGGCAUAUGAAGAUAGAGAUGCUGUUUAUCUUGUUAUGGAACUUUGUGAAGGAGGUGAGCUCUUCGAUAGGAUUGUGACAAAAGGACAUUAUACUGAACGUGCUGCCGCUAUGGUUACCAAAACCAUUUUGGAAAUUGUUAAGGUAUGCCAUGAACAUGGAGUUAUACACAGGGACCUCAAACCGGAAAAUUUCCUGUUCGCAGAUACUCGAGAAAAUGCCCCGUUAAAAGCAAUUGAUUUCGGCCUCUCCAUAUUCUUUCAGCCUGGUCAGCGAUUCAGUGAAAUUGUUGGAAGUCCAUAUUAUAUGGCUCCUGAAGUUCUAAGACGAAAUUAUGGACCACAAGUUGAUGUAUGGAGUGCUGGUGUCAUCCUUUAUAUCUUGCUUUGUGGAGUUCCUCCCUUUUGGGCAGAAACUGAAGAAGGGAUUGCACAUGCAAUAGUUGGAGGCAGACUAGAUUUUUCAAGAGACCCUUGGCCUAGGGUUUCUAAAGAUGCAAAGGACCUUGUUGGUAAUAUGCUCGAUCAAAAUCCUUACAGCCGAUUUACUGUUCAAGAAGUGCUUGCACACCCUUGGAUACACAAUGCAAGCGAUGUUCCUAACGUCGCAUUAGGAGAAAAUGUAAGAGCAAGAAUUAAGCAGUUCUCCUUGAUGAACAAGUUCAAGAAGAGAGUUCUGCGAGUGGUAGCAGACAACUUGCCAAAUGAACAAUUAGAAGGUAUCAAACAGAUGUUUAAUAUGAUGGAUACCGACUGUAAUGGACACUUGUCUUUUGAAGAACUCAAAGAUGGCCUCCAAAAGAUUGGACAUUUUCUUCCUGAUCUUGAAGUUCGGAUGUUACUUGAUGCAGCGGACAAUGAUGGAAAUGGCACACUAUGCAUUGAUGAGUUUGUGGCAAUGUCAAUUCAUCUCAUAAAAAUUGGGAACGAUGAACAUCUUUCUCAAGCUUUCAGGUUUUUCGACAAAAACCAAAACGGGUUUAUCGAGUUAGACGAGUUGAGAGAUGCUAUGAUGGAGGACAACCUAGGUCCCAACUAUGAGCAAGUCAUAAGAGACAUCAUAGCUGAUGUUGAUCUUGAUAGGGAUGGUAGAAUCAGUUAUGCAGAAUUUAAAGCAAUGAUGAAAAAUGGGAUGGACUGGAGAAUGGCUUCAAGACAAUAUUCAAGAGCAAUGUUAAAUGCACUGAGCAUGAAAUUACUGAAAGACAAAUCUAUGCAAGUCAGUAAACAACUUAUUUAGCUACUCAAGUGAAAAACCAAAGUAAAUCCAAAAAAGCAAAUCAAACUAGCUUCUUGCUUUGCUUGUGUAUUAUAGGAUUUUUUUGGGAUACAAAAGUGUAAAAAGACCAUUUGAGGAUUAGAAGUGCUAGUUUUGAUUUGACCUGAGAUUACCUUUUUAUGAUAAUUAGGGGAGGAGGGAUUUUCAUUGGUUGUGAAAAAUGAAAAUCAAAAAAAAAAAAAAAAAAAAAAAA